GACGGAGAGCCUUGGUCAUCCUGAGUCUCGGUAAAAUAGCUCACUAAGCUGUGCGAAGUACCUACCGUAUUAUCCUUGGUCUUGUGGAAUCUCUGGACGCGCUCAGGCACGACGAAUGGAAGAAUGUGAAAACCCUUGGAAUGUUCUUUAGCCUUCUCUCGUUGUACGGUAUGCGCGACCUCCAUCGUGUUCUACGUCUGUGAGAGACAACGUCCGGUCAUUUUCGUCCGCAACUCGAGUCCUGUAUCUAUUGAAUUGCCCUCUCUGUCAGGAGUACUACCAAAUAUUUCAAGGGGGAAUCGUAAGGAUCUCUUUCCCGCGUCUCGACGGUGUCGGAUCGGUUCUCUCCCAACCAGCGGGACACAGAAUUUAUUCGGGCGCACGGUUUUCGGUACAGAGAAUGGCUGUCGGCGCUUUCCCGAUCGCCAAGCUUGCGGCGUUGGCGAUGAGACAGUUGUCGAAGCCACUCGCCGCUCGACUUAAAGUUAAAGCCAAAAGUUCCCCGUUCUUCCGGAAACACGUUUGCAUGCCGCCUGCACAACUCUAUCAUUGGUGCGAGGUUAAUGUCAAAAUGAGACUGCUCAACUUGGGGAAACCGUCGGCUGUCAAACCAUUGAAAGAAGUCGAGGCCAUCGAGCUAGGGGCAGAGCUUCUCGGAGAAUGUAUAAUUUUCACAAUUGCUGCGGGGACGAUCAUUGCGGAGUACGUCCGACAGUCGCGAAACGCCAGAAACGAGGAGAAUUUCAAAGAAGACAGAUAUCACAGACUAACACAUGAUAUGGAGGAACUUCAAAUAACAGUUUCACGGCAAGAGGCGGAGAUCCGUCACUUGACUAGAGUUCUCGGGGCCCGUCCGUCGCAAACUGUUCCCACUGUCUUCACAGAUCCAAACGCGAAGAAGGAGACGAACAUUUAUGUCAGCCUCGAAGAGGCUGCGAACGACGCUCAAAAAAUUCUAGGAUUUGGCGGGAGCGGAAACAGUAAAACAUCACGGGCUGGAACCCCUAUCGACAGAUAGUUCACCUGCAGGCCCUUACCGGCACGAAGGAACCCUUUUUCACCUGGAAGGCAGCGGCGAAUCUGUACAGAGUCCACGCAUUAUAGGAAAAACUAUUCCGGUUCAAUAAACAGCAUCUUCUCUGGAUCCUUGCCCGAGGGAA